CUUGUUUGACAGAAAAAAAACAGGAAGGAAAUUCGACCUCUAUCUUCUCAGUCAUUGUAGACGUUGAAAAAAGGCAUCCGGACUUUUUGUUUCAUUUACUGUUUUGCAUCGCACUGCAGGAGUAUUACUAAAGGUAUUUGCAGGUUAUAAGAGAUAAAAUAUAAAUAAAAAAUACCCACAAAACCCUUUUCGGUGUUCGACGUCAACUAGUGGCGGACCGUGUGGAUGACAAGUGUCGACAGGCGGACGAAAACCAAACGAUCCGCGUUGAAACUGAAACAUCAGCAGUGAUAUAAGAAGCUAACAACCGAAGCAAUGUCUCUGGCACCAAAAUCUAAAUCUGCUUCUAAAUCCCGGUCUAGAUCAGCCUCCAGAUCCCGUUCACGAUCUUUUUCUAGAUCCAAUUCCAGAAGUCGGUCGAGAUCCCGUUCUAGAAAACACAGAUACAGUUCCAGGUCUCGUUCAAGAUCCCAUUCCCCAGCUCAUAACAGGGAAAGGAACUACACUCGGGAAUAUCAGAACAACCGUGAAUUUCGAGGGUACAACAGAGGCUAUAGAAGGCCAUUCUACUUUCGUGGACGUGGCAGAGGAUUUUAUCCGCGUGGUCGUUUCAAUAGAGGAGGUGGUGGAGGAGGUGGUGGCGGGUAUGGUAAUUAUCGGUCUAAUUGGCAGAAUUACCGACCGCAGCAACAGCAUCAGCAAAGUCCUAGGAGAGGAAGAUCUCGAUCUAGGUCACCCAAAAGAAGGUCUGGAAGCCCAAGAUCUAGGAGCAGAUCUCGGUAUUCAGACAGAUCAUCCUCUGCUCAUUCACGAAGAUCCAGAAGAUCAUCAUCUUCAGAUUCUCGUUCCUCCUCUAGGCACAGCAGAUCAGAAUCUUCAAAACGUAAAACAACUAAAGAAAGAAAAGGGAGCAGAGGAUCAGUCUCUACAUCCAAAGAGGCACAGGGAUCUAGUAAUAAAGAGGAGACCAUGUCCUCUACUGAUUCCAAGAAUGAAAAAGUACCUGAGAUGCACUCAGCUGGAUGGCAAGGCCUUACAUCAUAUGACGCAAGUCCAAAACGUGCUAGUCCUGCAGUACGUUCUGCAGUAGUUGUUAGUCAAAGUGCUUCUGUAUCAGAACAUCCAAGUCCUUCACUUCAGUCUGUGGCGAUUAAACGAUCAAGUCCAGGGCUAAAAAGCUCUUUAAGCCCUUCUAAGUCUAAUGCUUCUGCACAAAGUCCAGUAAUGCGCAGCAAUUGGCAGGGUUCUGGAAUAAGCCCUUCCAAUAAGAGUCCACCAGAAAAGAGCCCAUCUGGUCCAUUUUCAGCCUUUGGUUUUUUUUCAAAAGAAAGUAACCGGACAGAUGAUGAUCCACCGGUUCCAACAACUUUUAAAAAGUACUUGGAAGAUCAGAAGAGUAAAACUCUGUUGCAGAAAUGGGAAAAUGGAAGAGACAAAGAACAAAAAGCAACAGAACUAGAGAGGGAUAAAAAAAGUGAGAAGGCAAGCCCCUCACAGAGGAUGGCAGCCUAUAGUAGCCUCAAGUCUGAGUACUGCAGCAAAAGUGAGAAAGGAAAAUACAAACAAGGCAAUGAGUUCGAAAAGAGCUCUGCUGCAGGGUUCCUUGAGGGGUCACAAACUGGCUCCCCAGAUCCAUCUGGGGAGCAAGAAAAGAGAUAUAAAGUUAGAAACCAAAAGGAGCGAGAGUAUGAGGAUGAGCCUAAAUAUACGAGCAAAAUAACUGUCAAUACCAUUAAAGAUCAUGACAUAUUUGAUGAACGGUGGGAUGAGUUAGAUUAUUUCCCAUCUUCAGAGGAGUUUAGGAAAGAUGAUGAUGAUGAUGAUUAUGAUGUUGAAGAUGACCUUUAUAGGAACAGGAAGGACAACAGGGUGACGGCAUCGGCACCAGCAGAAGUAGCAGCACCAUCGAAGAAGGCAGAACCCAGUGCCUACCGCAGUGUUUCUCCAAACGAGGGCCCAAAAUCAUCUCGAUAUAAAGAAAAACCAGGGCUAAGUCCUCCUCCUCCUCCUCCUCCUUCUCCUCCUCCUGUUAAAAAGACAUCUGAGAACAGAGAGAGAGAGAAGAAUGUGGCUAGAAAGCAAGAUAGCCCUACAGAAACUGGGCCAUCUUCAUCUGGCUACCGUGAAGCUGAGGUCAAUUUCAAAGUGAACACAUUUCUUGAAGAAUAUCCAAGUGGAUCAGGGGUUAUAUCAAGUGAACGCCUGAUCUCGCGUGAUCUUGUGCACCCAAGCAAAAAAGACCAGGAAUUCCGUUCCAUCUUUCAGCAUAUUGAGACAUCUCAGUCACGAAGGAGUCCUUCAGAAGUUUUUGCACAGCACAUUGUCAAUAUUGUUCAUCAUGUAAAAGCACGACAUUUUGAGACAUCAAGAAUGACUUUAAAUGAACGUUUUGGAAUGUAUCAGAGAAGAGCUGCUGAUAAAGAAACAAGUAAACAAAAGAAGAGUCCAGAAAUUCACAGGAGAAUUGAUGUUUCUCCCAGUGCAUUUAUGAAGCACUCGCAUCAUUAUGAGGAAGUGAAAAGCUCCAGGGAAGACAGCUACAAGGAAGAAGGAAAAAAAAAUAAAGGCAACACAGUAGAUCUUCGUCUUGAUAUUGAACGUCGAAAAAAAUAUCCAAGUAAGGAACAGGAUUCUAAGCGAGAAGGAUUGAGAGAUUCAGAAGAAUCGCAUGAGUCAAGCAUUAGCCGAGAGCGGUCCAGUGAAAAGCCAAAAAAAUCCCACAAAGCAUCUAAGAAACCCAAAAAGCAUAAGAAAACAAGAGAGCGAUCAAGGUCCUCCUCUACAUCAUCGUCUUCAUCUCAUUCUUAUAAGGGUGGUGACUUUCCUGAGGAAUUUAAAGAAAAACAAGAAGUCUUUGAUAAGUCUCGACUAGGAUCUCGGGAUUACAGUGGAGCAGAGAGGGGCAGAUCUAGAGGUGGCUUUCAAUUCAGAAUUAGAGGAGGAAGCUGGAACAGGGGCAACAACUCUGAAAAUAGUAAUGGUAACUCCACUAAUGUAGUCGCCAUCAAACGAUCCAAAGAGGAGGAAUGGGAUCCAGAGUACACACCAAAGAGCAAAAAAUAUUACUUGCAUGAUAACAGGGAAGGAGAAGGAGAGAAGAAGUGGUUAGAAAACCGAGGAAGAGGUCGAGGAACUUUCCAGCGAGGAAGAGGGCGCUUCAUGUUUAAGAAAUCUGGUUCUACCACCAGCCCCAAAUGGGCCCAUGAUAUGUUUCAGGGCAGUGGAGAAGAAGGGGAAUUGCAUGAUGAGGACAGUGAUGUGGAUGACAAAGAGGAAAAGAAAUCAAGCAGCACUGUCGCAGCGGAUAUUUAGAUUCAGAAUCAACAAUGCUCCUUUGGACUUGUCAUAAACAGACUCUUUCAUGUACAGUACCAACUUUUAUUCAAACACUGAUAAAUAAAGAAAACGGGCAAAUAGGAGUUGGAUGACUCGUUUUUCUGAUUAUACUUUUUAUAUUCCUUGUAAAAUGAAAUAAUAAACUUCACCUAGUAAUCAGGUGACAAAGAAAUUUAGAUCUUUUUUUUUUUUCCUGUUCAAUUCCAGCUGUAUUGUUUGCAGAUGUUUGCAGAUGCAGCCGCUAAGCAGUUUUCCUUCAUAAGAAAAUGUGUUAUUGGCCCACCUUUGUGUAAGAAAAAGAAAUGAAACAAAAUCUUCUAAAUGCCAUGUCUCUGCAGCAUAUCUUUAACUUUGUAUAACAGUAAAGUGGCCAUUUAUACAUACUUUACCUGUGGUAGUGGUAGUUUUUUUUUUUUUUAAAGUUGUUUUAAGUACUCACUGUUGUUUAUUUGAGAAGAUUUAGGUUGGGGUCUUUGAGUUGCAGUUCUUUUUAAUUCUUUUAUUACUACCAUUUUAAAUGUAUUUGUAACACACUGGUUGAUGACCCUCCAAAAAGCUGCAUUCGUUAAAGUGCAUCAUCUAAGAUUCAGUCUUUAGGAAAUACUUGUUUCAUAUUUUUUUUUAUAAUGUUCAGUUGUAUGUGAAUUGGUUAGAAUUUGUUUUGUUUUAAGCACGUUUUAAACUGGCCCAGUAAAGAUGUGAAUAUUUCUUUAGCAUAUAAAUUCUGAGCAGAUCCUGACUUUUCAAUUUCAAAGUAAAUUGGUUUAUUUAACUUGGAGAAAAAGACAACUGGUGACACGAAUUUGAAAAGAUUGAGAAUUAAAACAGUGCGGAAAAUACUUUGUUAUUCAGAUCAUCCACUACAGUCUUCAUAGUGCCUUAGUACCAAGCCAUUUUAUUUAUUUGUUUAAAUGUAUAAGAACCCUCACAAGAUGUUUUUUUUUAACCUUAUCACAUCUUUGUUCCUUAAAAUCAUAAAACAAUCUGUGCAAACAGAUUCACAAUUCUUCUAUUCUGUGUAUUCUGUCUUUGAAAAUAUAUAAUUUAAGAAACUUGCAUUAAGUUAAAAUAUUUAAAAAUGAAGGGAAAUGUGUUUUGCCAUUUUCAAAAUAUAAGAUGUACUCAGUUUAGGUACUGUAGAUAUUAUUCUAAGAAAUGUUUACUUCAUUCUUAUAGGUUGAUUGUUCUGGAAGUGAGGUUUUUGAUUUUUUUUUUUUUAAGCAAUCACUGUCUUCCCAGCCCCAAUUCAUAGCAGUCACAUAUUCUUAAAGUAGGCCUGUUCACCUUGUUCUAUAAUAAGGCAGAUGAAAGGAUGGCUCUAAAAGUAAAAACAUAUCUGGUGUGUAAUGUUUAUUCAUGCUGAAAACAUUAUUUUAAAUAGUAGUCUGACCUUACAUAAAUGAGUUUAGCAUACACUUGCACUAUAUUCCAUUUCCUAGGCUUUGUCUUGUACUACACUGUACUGCAUUUUAUUGUGCAUGUAAAGCUGUAUGUAUGUGACUGGCAUUUUAGCUUUUUUUGUUUUAAUUUUUUCUUUAAGAAUGUGUUUAAUGUAAACCUAAGGUGAAGUUCCAAUUUUAUAACACUGAAAAUUUGGAGAAAAAUCUGUGACUUUUGAUGUUAACAAAAUGUUGAAUAAAUUUUGUUUUUCUUUUA